UCCUUAAUAAAAUAAAGUUUUGUUAAAUACAAUACAGGGGAAAGGGGCAUUAGUAAUUAUGAUAAAGUUAAAUACUUUAUCACAUUGUUUCUAAACUAUCCUGGAGUUAUACGUACACGUUGAAAGUAAUAUGAUUUCUAGAAGACUGAUAUUCUCAAGCUUGACGUUGUGUGUAUUUGGAUUAUGUCUUUUGAUAAUUGGAUCAAUUAUCCUCAUUUCUAGAGACAAGGAAAAGGAGAAUACACGUGAUAUCAUAUUUACAAAAGUCUCAGGUCAAGUAAUCUGUAUCAUCUCAGCGUUUAUAAUUAUCGCCUCGUUGGCAACACUUCUGUAUACUUGUAUUCUUGGCGCAACAUAUGUGAAUAUGUCGUCUGAUUAUGUAUCUAAUAGCAGUCAACUAGAAAAGGCUGCCUGUUCAAAAACUAGACCAUAUUUAACAAGUAAAAUUGGUAUGACAGCAGAUUUAAGGCUGAAAAACAACAAACAAUCUACUGGUAAUAUUGAUGGUCAACGAGAAGGCGAUACCUCACAGAUGGAACAAUUAAAAAACCAAUUCGAUUGUGGAAUGACAACUAACUGGUCAAAUAGUACACAGUCAAAACAAUUUCAAAGAUUAGGCAAUAGACGACGAUGUUGCAGUACAGGACUGAGUGAAUCUACUUUAAUUACAAACAUUCCAAAUAUCUCCUUGAAACCAAUCAUGGAUAUAACAAAUCCACUUCAAACAACUAGUAGUAGUGUUAACAAAUAUAACGAUUCUAAUUAUAUUCUUUUAGCUGCAACUAAUUCUUCAAAUAUUCAGUCUAAUUUUAAUAAUACAAGCACAACGCAUAAUUUACUCGAUGGAGGAAUCAACAGUUAUAUAACUUUGUCAAAUACAGAAAGGAAUCCUGUUUUAUAUCCAAGUAGUCGUUUACGUCUUGGAGAAAUUUUCUAAAAUGUAAUUUAAUGUUUCUGCUUUCUGAAUUUUUCUUCCGUUUGUUUUCCGUUUUGUCAAAAAAAUAAGAAAAUUAUUUUACUCACAAUAAAAAAUAAAUUAUAUGUAACAUAAAAGUACAUAUGUAGAACAAUAUCAAAUAUCUCAAAAAAAGAUAAUAAAUGCAUUCAAUGGUUUCAAUGUAAAAUGUAACUGUC